AUGGCCCUCUUGUUAUGUUAGUCUGUGUCUUACAAUUUUUAUCAAAAUCAAUUAAAAGUGUUUUGUGUAAAUUCUCGACUUACAGAUAGAUAAAGGCUAGCCAUCAUACUGUAUUUCUGUGUGUGAAUUUUCGGUCUCCGAUCGGCAAUUAUUUUAGGCUAAAUAAUUCAAAGUGUUGGGCUACUUUUUGGAGUUUUUUACACCAAUUUCAUUUAUAAACAAUUGGAAAUUAAAUUCUUAAUGGGAAUCGUGAAUUUUUCAUCAUAUUUUUGUGAAAUUUUAGCAUUCUUUAGAUUGUGAAAAGACAUAUUCCGACUUAAAUUGCUGUGCAAGAUUUUCUCUCAUUUCACAAAUUUCUCUGAGAUUUUGGUGAUUUUUUUUGCGAGAAAUCGCGGAAAAUCGCCCCCAAGAAUGAUCCUUGUUUAACAUUUGUGAAGAAAUUUCUCUUUCUCCGACUUUCUAGUCAAAAUGAAGACAAAAAAUUUUUUCAAUAUAUUUGGUUAUUUUGAAGUGUUUUAUUAGCUCACCUGUCACAAAGUGACAGGGUGAGCUUUUGUGAUCGCUUUUCGUCCAGCGUCCGUCCAUCGACCGUCCGUCGUCCGUCCGUAAACUUUUACUUUAAAUGACAUCUCCUCAUAAACCACUAAGCCAAUUUCAUCCAAACUUCACAGGAAUGUUCCUUUGGUGGUCACCUUUAAAAAUUGUUCAAAGAAUUUAAUUCCAUGCAGAACUCUGGUUGCCAUGGCAACCAAAAGAAAAAACUUUAAAUAUCUUCUUUUAAAAAACCCAAAGAGCUAGAGCUUAAAUAGAUAUUUGGCAUGAACCAUCUUCUAGUGAGUGUCUACCAAGUUUGUUCAAAUAAAAGCCCUGGGGUCAUAAUUGGCCCCGCCCCAGGGGGUCAUUGAUUUUCCCUAUAUGCAUAUAGUAAAAACUUAAAAAAUCUUCUUUUAAAGAACCCAUAGAGCUAGAGCUAAGAUAUUUAGCAUGAAACAUGUUCUAAUGGGUGUCUACCAAGUUUGUUCAAAUAAAAGCCCUGGGGUCAAAAUUGGCCCCGCCCCAGGGGGUCAUUGAUUUUCCCUAUAUGCAUAUAGUAAAAACUUAAAAAAUCUUCUUUUAAAGAUCCCAAAGAGCUAGAGCUAAGAUAUUUAGCAUGAAACAUGUUCUAAUGGGUGUCUACAAAGUUUGUUCAAAUAAAAGCCCUUGGGUCAAAAUUGGCCCCGCCCCGGGGGUCAUUGAUUUUCCUUAUAUGUGUAUAGUAAAAACUUAAAAAAUCUUCUUUGAAAAAACCCAUAUAGCUAGAGUUUAGAUAUUAAGCAUGAAACAUCUUCUAGUGAGUGUCUACAAAGUUUGUUCAAAUAAAAGCCCUCGGGUCAAAAUUGGCCCCGUCCCAGGGGGUCAUUGAUUUUCCCUAUAUGCAUAUAGUAAAAACUUAAAAAAUCUUCUUUUAAAGAACCCAAAGAGCUAGAGCUAAGAUAUUUAGCAUGAAACAUGUUCUAAUGGGUGUCUACUUAGUUUGUUCAAAUUAAAGCCCUGGGGUCAAAAUUGGCUCCGCCCCGGGGGUCAUUGCUUUCCUUAUAUGUGUAUAGCAAAAACUUAAAAAAUCUUUUUUGAAAAAACCAAAAUAGCUAGAAUUAGAUAUUAAGCAUGAAACAUCUUCUAAUAAGUGUCUACAAAGUAUGUUCAAAUAAAAGCCCUUGGGUCAAAACUGGCCCCGCCCCAGGAGUGUCAUUGUUUUUUAAUAUAUGUGUAUAGUAAAAACUUAAAAAAUCUCCUUUUAAAAAAAUCCAAUGAGCUAGAGCUUAGAUGUUUAGCAUGAAACAUCUUCUUAUGGGUGUCUACCAAGUUUGUUCAAAUAAAAGCCCUUGGGUUAAAAUUAACUCUGCCAGGGGGGGGAGAAGGUCAUUGUUUUUCCUUAUAUGUGUAUAGCAAAAACUUAACAUCAUGAAACAUCUUCUAAUGGGUGUCUUAAUUCCAAGUUUGUUCAAAUAAAAGCCCUGGGGGUUUAAACUGGCCCCGCUUUGGGGGCCUAUAUACAGGUGAGCGACCUCAGGGCCAUCAUGGCCCUCUUGUAUAUAUUUUGAUAAAGAAUAGAUGGCUGCACAAUCUACAGAACUAGAAAUGGAGGUUUGGCGAAACGUCUUUGAUCAAAACAGGAGGAAGCUUAGAAUGUAUCUCAUUCCCGAGGAAAUCAUUGACCUGGACACAGGGUUCGAAUUAUUCUCCUUCAUUGACAGACGGGAUAUUAUGGAAGAGACAAAUACAACAAAGAAAAACGAAGAUAUCAUAAGAAAAGUAAGAUCAAAAGGCGAAGAUGCUUACAAAGACUUCAAAAUACGUCUUAAAAUUACAAAUCAAAGCAAGCUUGCAGAUCUUUUGACUUACACAGAGAGGGGAUUAAGUACAGAGGAGAUAGAGCAACAACUUGACAAAAUGUUGGAAGAACAAAUAACACAAAAAAGAGACCAAACAAUGGAGAGAAAACACAAAGAGAUUUUUUUAAGGUACUUACCAAAGUUUGUGGAUCAAGUGGACCCACAGCAGCUGCUUACAUAUUUGCCAUGUUUGUCCAAAAGUAGUAGGGACACAGUAGAUACUGCACAAAGAUCUGUGUCUAGAAGUUAUGCAGCUCAAGUACUACAUAGUCAUCUUGAAAGGCGACCGGAGGGAUUUCGUCAGCUUGUACUAGCGCUCCGACAUGAAAAUGUUGACUGCACAGAACUAGCAGAUCUUUUAGAUCCUCAACAUUGCUACGAUCCAUCUAAUGAAGGUAUAUAUCACACAUGGUAAUUAUACUCAACCACAUUAUGUGGAGGGCACUGUACUAGAAUCACUGUCAUGGCCCUUUGUCAGUCAGUCAGUAGUUUGGUCAGUCUGUCCGUCCAUUUUUAUGGUGUUUUAUCUAUAAAUCCUAUACUGGAAGGAUUUUGUUCAAACUGGGCUCAAAUAUUCACCU